GCUGACCUCCACAACGCCUCUCGCACUUUCUCAGACUACCUGCAUGCCCCUGCAGCGAAUCUGGACAGCCAGCUGCACGCCUCAUGCAAGCGCGGGGUACUUCCCCGCAUUCUCUCAGCCCCGAGAGAUCAGUGAGCACCAGUUCAGCACACAAGGGUCAUUCGCCGUCUCGAGAGGCGCCGCUCAGCAUGUAGGAUUGGCCCGUCAGCAUCUAAGGCUUGGAGCCCCACCGUAUCUGCAGCUUCAAGAUGGCGCUUACUUCAGCUGCAAGACUAUAAAGGAAAGAACACCUGGACGUCAGGAAACCCCACACCUCGAGUCCAAAGGCCCAAAGCAACUACAAAUAUGACUGUCAAGGAGUUCACAAGCAAGAGCUACGACUACGUUGUCUGCGGCGGCGGAACUGCAGGCCUAGUCAUUGCUGCUCGUCUGAGUGAGGAUCCCAACGUCUCCGUCGCAGUCCUCGAGGCCGGCGGUAAUGGCCUGAACGACAUCUUGAUCGAUGGCCCGAACCUAUUCACGCAGCUGUGGGGCAAGCCGCAGUACGAUUGGGACUACAAGACUGUCCCGCAGGAGGGUACGGUUGGCAGAGUCCACGGCUGGGCCCGCGGCAAGGUCCUCGGCGGCAGCUCGGCAAUCAACUACAACAUGUUUAGCAUGGCGUCGCGUCAGGAUCUGGAUAAUUGGGCUGAGCUUGGUAAUCAAGGGUGGGACUUUGACGGCCUUGUCCCGUAUUAUAAGAAGUUUGAGAUAUAUCACCCGGCGAGUGAGACGUUGGGGAAGGGACUAUCCAAUGAGUAUCUGGACAAGGAGCUGAGAGGCACGAAUGGCCCAAUUCAUGUCUGCUUUGCCGAGACGGAUGUAGCGCCAAUGCAGGACAUCUGGCCGAAGACCGUGCUCAAUGCAGGCUACAAAGAGGCAGAAGAUCCCCGCACAGGCUCUGCCAUUGGCGGUUUCAACCAGCUCAACACCAUCGACCCGCGACACAACAGACGCAGCUAUGCUGCAAGAGACUAUUACGAACCCAAUGCUGGCCGACCAAAUUUGGCCCUCCAGCUCAAUGCGCUGGUGUCGAAAAUCGAGUUCCAGAAGGAUGGCGAGGAGGCGACAGCCACGGGUGUCCAGUUCAUCGUCGAUGGCACCACGCAUACGGUCAAGGCCAAGAGGGAAGUCAUCGUCAGUGGUGGAGUGAUCAACUCGCCGCAGCUACUGGAGCUGUCUGGCAUUGGCUCUCGCGCUGUUCUGGAGAAAGCUGGUGUGGAGAUUAUUGUCGACCUGCCUGGCGUUGGUGAGAAUCUGAAUGAUCACACGGCGACGGCUGCUGUGCUGGGAACCAUCGACGAAGUGCCUUCGGCCGAAGCACUUAUGCGCAACCCAGAGAUCAUGCAGCAAGCCCUCCAGGCCUACAUCGAGCACAAAGCCGGUCCUUUCGUUGGCGCACCAACAACCACCGGCUUCGCAUCCCUCGAGAAGAUCCAGCCCAACUUCGCAGACGCAGAAACCCACAUCUAUUCCCUCCUCGCCGAGCACCACAACAAGAACCCCACUGCCGAUCCAGCAGGUCGCAACGCCCUCCUUGCACGCCAACUCCUGGACCCCAAGGAGGCAGUGUGCCAGAUCAUCGGCCUCUCCACCGGAGCAAAUCUAGCAAACACGGAUAACCCUUCCAAACUCUUCCCCUCUGAAGAGGAUGGCAUGUGGAUGACGCUGGGUGUCUGCUCGACGCGCUCCCUAAGCCGGGGCUCAGUGCACAUCACCUCCGCCGACGCCACGGUCUAUCCGACAAUCGACCCGGCGUACUUCUCACACCCGCUGGAUGUGGACAUGAUGGCACGAGCUCUGCUGCACACCCUGAGCUUCAUGGAGAUUGAGCCGCUGAAAUCGGCACUCAGGCGCGAAGCAGACGGCACGCCUGUGGUUGCCAAGACGAGUGGUAAGUUGCCCACGAAUCUGGACGAGGCGAAGGGCUUCGUGCAAGCGAAUACCGUCACCGAGUAUCAUCCGGUCGGGACUUGUGCGAUGCUGCCGAGAGACAAGGGCGGUGUUGUUGAUCAUGAGUUGAGAGUGCAUGGCACGAGGAAUGUUAGGGUGUGCGAUGCUAGUAUCUUCCCGCUGCAUGUACAGGGGAACAUUGUGAGUUUGGUGUAUGCGAUGGCUGAGAAGGGGGCGGAUUUGAUCAAGGUUGGUGCGAACGGGACGAAUAGUGUGAACGGACACUAAAGAUGUGCGCUGUCGCCGGAGGGGAAUAGGUGGUGCGAAGAAAAACUGCGAAACAAAUAUCGCGUCUGUAAAGAUCGGAUGUUGUUGAAGUGAAAGCUCUUCGUUGGACUUCAGUAAUAGAGGGGUCAGUACGCUCACUAGACAUCAGACGAGUCCUCUCUCUACUGCUUCUAAUGUCGUCAUCAGAAUCGCUAAUUAUCUCGCCGUCGAUAUCUCAAUACGGCUAGGAACGCCGCCCUCACAAGCUACACACCGUCCAGCCGGCUGGUCACAGCAGCUCGAGCCUUGUAACAGAAUCAUGUCGGGCAACAAGAGGAAGAGUCGCCGACUACGUGUGCGUCUGGCCGUUUUUCGGAUCUCCAUCCAGCUCGCGACUAGAGGGCGAUAGUAAGUCGGCGUCACGUAGACUUGCUAGAUGUGCUUUGUCGUAUCCUGCGAACCACCGGGCUCCACUACUCUGGAUCACAAACUUGACUUCUUCGUCGUUGUUC